GCAGCGGCGCCACGUACGUCUGGCGCAAAAAAAGAGGUCUGUUUUGGAGAAGAACGGAAGAUGGCGACCUCAAACAAUCCGCGAAAAUUCAGCGAGAAGAUCGCCCUGCACAACCAGAAGCAGGCGGAGGAGACCGCGGCGUUUGAAGAAGUCAUGAAAGACCUGAGCAUUACCCGGGCGGCGCGGCUGCAGUUGCAGAAGACCCAGUAUUUGCAACUAGGCCAGAAUCGUGGUCAGUGCUAUGGAGGUUCACUGCCCAAUGUCAAUCAGAUUGGAAAUAGCAACAUUGACCUGCCUUUUCAGACCACAGUUUUGGAUACCAGUCGAACGACCCGGCACCAUGGCUUGGUGGACCGCGUGUACCGGGACAGGAACCGGAUAACAUCUCCACAUCGCAGGCCUCUGUCUGUGGACAAACAUGGGCGUCAGAUUGACAGCUGCCCUUAUGGUUCAGUGUAUCUGUCACCUCCCCCCGACACCAGCUGGAGGAGGACUAAUUCUGACUCAGCCUUACAUCAGAGUGCCAUGAAUCCUGCUCCACCAGACACAUUUGUUGGAGGUUCCCAAGAGCUGCAGCCAAAACGAGUCUUAUUGCUCACACCCCCAGAUACAGAGGAGCCUGAAACAGAAAUGGAGAAUGACGACCAGAAGGCAUCAAUGCAUCCUAAAUCACACGAUGUUCCAGGGAUUAACAUCUUCCCCUCACCUGAUCAAGAAGUGAACACCUCAUUGAUGCCAGCCACACACAACACGGGUGGCUCCCUGCCGGACCUCACCAACAUCCAGUUCCCUCCUCCGCUGCCAACACCCCUCGAUCCGGACGACCCCGUAUCCUUCCCCACCACCAGCACUUCCAGCAGCACCGGCAACCUCACCACCAACCUCACCCACCUAGGCAUCAGCGCCGCCAGCCACGUCCCCCCAUCUCCACCUGCCCUGAGCCAGACCCAGCCCGCUCCUGCACUCACGCUCAACAUCGAUGUUCAGCAACAGCAGCAGCAGCCGUGUCCCCAGCAGCUCUCCCCCACACUCUCUCCCACUCUCUCACCUCAGAUGUCCAUUUCUCAGCCAAUUACAAUGGACAGCAUGUCGCUGGAGCAGCAACUGUCUCAGUACUCGCUUCUCAGUUUGCUGAGUGACCUGCAGAAACAGCAGCAUACCCUGCCCCAGAACAUCCGCCUCAUUCAGCUGCCACCCCUCACUGUUAGCUCUUCCUCCAGCACGCCACAGACCUCCCUCUCCACCCAGUCACCAACGGCCACCAGUGCACCAAUCAGCUCGCAGUAUCGCAAUCAGACUGGGUCUCCUGCCAACCAGUCUCCAACCUCUCCAGUCUCCAACCAAGGCUUCUCGCCUGGAGGCUCGCCUCAACACAUUCCGGUGGUGGGCAGCAUUUUCGGAGAUUCGUUCUAUGAACACCAACUCGCAUCCAGACAGACGAAUGCCCUGUCCCAUCAGCUUGAGCAGUUCAACAUGAACAUGAUCGAGAACCCGAGCAGUUCUAACAGCCUUUACAAUCAGUGCUCCACCCUCAACUACACACAGGCAGCAAUGAUGGGUCUAACCGGGAGCCACGGCAACUUGCAGGACACACAGCAACUAGGCUACAGUAACCAUGGCAACAUUCCCAACAUUAUUCUCACAGUGACCGGGGAGUCCCCUCCUAGCUUAUCCAAGGAGCUGACCAGCUCACUGGCUGGUGUGGGUGACGUCAGCUUUGACGCAGACUCUCAGUUCCCGCUUGACGAGCUGAAGAUCGACCCUCUGACCCUGGAUGGACUGCACAUGCUCAAUGACCCGGACAUUGUCCUCGCCGACCCGGCCACCGAGGACACGUUCCGCAUGGAUCGACUGUGAAGGGAGCAGCAGCUGGAACUCAACAGAAGCUCUCUUGAGAGGAAGAGGCUGGAGACUACUUAUUGUGCAGCUGCAUGGCCACCCAGUUUAUCAUCCAGUCCACGGCCCUCCCUGCCUCCCCCACAUGGCAUCUACAAUAGCAUGCUGCGAAAGCCUUUUGGGGAAGGGAGGUGCUUGAGCACAGAGUUGGAAGUGGCAUUGCUGCAUCCACGCUGGCUUAGUUGUUUGCGAGGUGGCUACUUUUUCUCGUCCAUUGUACAAGUGUGUGCGCUAUGCCCCUCUUUAGGCUUACGUGUUGAGUUGCUGUUUUGUUGUGUUUUUACUCGUUCAUUUGUUCGUUUGUUUGAUUUGUUUUUUGUUCUCAUGUUCGUUCUCAUGUCUUUCCAAUCUGAAGUGGUGUUUGUCUUUUUCAUGUCCUCAUUUUUGUUUUUCAAGUAUUUGUUGUUUUCUGUGGAAAGCGUGUGUGUGUGUGAGAGAGAGAGAGAGAAAGUUUGUGUGAGAAUGUGAAUGUAUGUUUAUACAAGUUAAAUUUUGAACCACCUGAUUAUAACCCCCAAUCCCUCUCCCCUAACGACACAGCUUUAUUUUUUACCAUUCUGUUUCUUUAGUAUGUUGCAUUAGUUUAUGUCUGUAUUUAUUUGUAUAUGGUUUUUAUGUUUUCAUACUCUUAUAUUUGGCAUGAUGUGUGAAUUGCCAAAUCUGUCAGUUGUUUUUAAUGUUUACGUAAUGAUACCAUGUGUCUUUUUUUCUUUUAAAGUUCUUCAUUUUAGUCUUUGUGUUUUGUAUGUUUGUGUUAAAUUAUCUAUAUAUUUAAAAAAAAUCACCUAUUUAUUAAACCCCUUUUAUUUAAAACUAAGGAGUACUACUCCCCCCCAAAGCAUCGCUUGCUACUGUAUGUACUUUAUUAUUGCUAAAAGGUCUAAUGAUAAAAACAGGCUUUCUCUAAAGAACCUUUUUUGUUUUUUUGUUUUGUUUUUUGUUUUUUUUUUACUUUUGUUUUAUUUGUUUGAAUUUUUGCUCCAUAAACUUUAAACACUUUACAGUGGAGAUCUAUGUGCUGGCAUUGUUGUUUUUACAUGUUUGCCGGCAGACUCUCAGAUUUAAUUGUGUCAAAAUGGCAGCGUUGCCUCUAUUUUUGGUAUUGUUAUUGUAAAGUGUCUCUAAAAUCUUUAAAAAAAAGAAGAACUGGACGUUUUUCCCUUGUUGACUGUGUUGCUUGUUCAGUUGCAAAUUGAAUAAUGUUAGUGCUGUCAUUGACUUCUGAUUUGCAUCAAGUGGCUGUCAUCACGCAGGGCCAAAACCGUUAAAGGGAAGCUUCAGAAAGCUACUGAACUCAUCACUGUGAGCUGACCUGAUUUUGCCUUAUGAACAAAAAAAUGCUGUUUUUAAGCUGUCAGUGUGACAAGUUUUCUAAUCGUCCUGUUAAUGUUUAUUCCCGUAUCUGAGAAGAUUUCUGAUCAUGCACAAUCAGUGGCAGUAUUGUGUUUUUAUAAAUGCAGUUUUUUCAAUUAAGUACUGUAUGGCAUGUAGGUUUAAGUGUCCAGCUUAAGUGGUGGUUCCGUCCUGAAACCAGAUGUCCGUCCGUCUGAGCUGCUAAAGUGAAAGUAAGGGGAGGGUACUGCUCCUUAUUCUCAGUGCUGUUUACCAGAAUGUUGUUCUUGUCUGUGUUCAUUUAUAUUUGUAUAUUUGUUUCAGUCUCGUCUUCUUUUCAUGUGAUGUCUCAUACGUCUUGUUCCAUGUUAAGGAAUCACAUCUUUAUAUUUAUGUACACUAUGAAAUACAGUAAAUCUACUGUUAUUUGCUGUUUUAAUGCUACUUGGAAUGAAUGGCCUAAUUCAGAUAACCCGGUAUAAUCCUGAUUUAGGCGGCCUGGAAAUGAAGGCACUUGGUCACUGCACAAAAGUAUGUUUGGUGCCAAAUCCAGUAGUGGCAAAUGAUGGGCAUGAUGCCAUUUAUUAUUGAUUAUAUUUCUUUUUUUUUUUUUUUUUUUUUUUUUUUUUUUACAUAUAUGUUUUAUUUUAGUUUUUUUUAACCAACAGUAUGGUUAUAUCAGUUUUAAUAGAAUUCAGCCAAGAGUCUUGAUUUUGGUAUAUAGAGAGCAGUCUGUAUGUGUUUGGACAGUGACUUUUGUUUUGCCUCUGCUUUUCUCACAUUGGGUUUGAAAUGAAAAGUAGCUGAUUUAAAACUUAGCUUUUGAAAUUCUGAAGAAUGUCAGCUUUUUGAAUGUCGGUCAUAUAGAAGUCACAGCCAGUUUAUACAUAUCCUCCUCCCUCCCCAUUGUAGGGACUAUAAGUCAAUGGACAAAGUUACGUCAAAAGUUUUGGUACUUGGUUUAAGACCUUGUUGUCUUUUUGCAUAUGGUCUGGUCUUCAAUCAGUAAAAUUUGUGCUCAGUCAUGUGGAUCAGUUUGUUGAUGAUUUGUCCAUUAGGAGCAUUCUGCUUUUUUUUUCUGUUGAUAACUUUUAGUUCUUUUUGUUGACUCUAGACACUAACACCACAUUGUCGUCUUUAGGUGGUCCUUUGGGGCAAUGCCACGUUAAACAAUAUUUAGUUCCCUGGCUCUUACAAAACUAACUUUCUACACUAUAUGUAGUUUCCUAGAGUGUAUGUUUUCCAAUUUAAAGCUGACAUUGAUAUUUUAUUGAUAUUUCAUUCUUUAUUUCAAAUCCAGUGGUCAUGGAUUACAGUGUAAAACAAAAACACUGUCAAUGUCCAGUUACUUACAGACUGUGCUGUAUGUGGUCUUGGAUAUAAAGCCGGAUAGGUUAAACCUUUGUAAGGGAUAUGACUUAUAAAAAAAAUUGUAAACUGUACAGAUUGUGUGAUUCCUAUGCAAACCAGAGAAAUCUGUCAAGUCUACAAAUUGAAAUAUAUCUUGUUGAAUUAAGUGAAAUAGUUUAUAUGGUGUAGCUGUAAAGCUUUUGAAAUAGAUACGCACAGAUAGCGUAGAUGAUUUAUUAUUAGGCAUUUAUACCAGGUCAAACAAAUAAACAAAAAACAAAACAGUACUCACAUCCAGCAACAGUUUACAGUGUGCAGUGUUGACAAGGCCACAAUUGCAAUUCUAUAGUGUCCGAGCCCCCUAGCCUCCUCCUCAAACCUUUUGCCAUUCACAAUCACUUUGUUUAAAGAAAUGUGUUGUUUUGUUUUUGGAUGUUUUUUGAUGAUUUCCUCUCCAACACUUGUAUGGUAAAUACUGUACAUAGAGCUUCUCACUAGACUACGAUAUGUGCAUGGCUGAUUUCAUUAUAAGAUGUACUGCACAUGAUACACUAUGGACUUUUUUAGUGAGAUGCAAUGCAUGCAUUGAUCAAAAAAAAAAGAAAAGAGAAGAAAACAACAACAAAAAAAAACAAACAAAUGUGGUUUCAUUUGACUGAACAUCACUCAUGUUUGUGUAUAUUUUGGUAGAUCACCUCUAAAAGUAUAGUGUAUGGGGCUCCAGUGUAUGAGAUGUUGUGCGUCACACCAAAUUACCUAUUGCUUGACCAAAGCAGUUUUGUUCUUGUGUUAUUUUUCCCCCAUAUUGUGAUUGCUAGCUUCUUGUGAGGAUUUUUUUAACCUUUGAUUGACUGACUUUUUAUUUUUGUUUGUUUGGAUACUCAUUUGUUUUCUUUGGCAUGGGGUGGUUAUUUUAUCAUAUUUUUUGAUGAUUGUAGCAAGCUGGACCUUUGUAUGUUUGUUUUGUUUGUUUUUCAGUUAAAACACUUGUCAGAGCUGUUGCUUACCUUUCCCUCAUGCAUCUCGACAUUACAGUCCCUUUUCACAAUCACUGAUAUAUAUCACAACACAAGUCACUGAUAUAUAUGGCAGCUUUUGUGCUAUGUGUGUAUGUAUGCGUAUGUGUGUGUGAGUCUGUGUGUGUGUGCAUCUUCCUCUUUUAGUAUCUUUUUUUAAGUGUGUUGCUUCGCACUUUAACAGUGGCUUUAUGGCAUUAGAUUUGGACUGUUUUACCCUCUGAGAACACUGACUGUUUAGCUCUGUAGAUUUUAUUUUAUUUAUUUUUUUGUUUGUUGUUUAUUUUUUUCUUACUAAUGGCUACUGGUCCCUGUAAUCAAGAUUAUAUAUUUUUUUCCCUGAUGUGAAAUUUUUCUGGGUGAAUUCUCCAUUGUAUUGCACUGAUAAUGUUAAGGGAUAACACUUUUGGGAGCAAAUAUGUAACUUCUCAAUGCAAACUUAAAAAAAAAACAAGGGCUCGGUCUUUGUGCUUAAAGUUGUGUAAAAAAAAUGGGAGAUGCAGCCAGAAUGUAUGUUUUAUUUUUUUUUCUGUCCUUAAAUCUACAGUAGUGGUAGUUUUCCACAUGCAUGGUGAUAGCAGUUUAAACAGGUUGUCCUUGGCUUUUUAUUGAAUCGUUUCAGAUCUCAGCAUAGUUUAUUUUGGACGUAUUUCUUUCCGAAUGCAGAGCCCCUUUAAAGGAGCCUCCUUCAAACUCCCCUAUAAGCCUUAAGAGGACUGCUGGGCAGUUGCUGUGGUUCUCAGAAAGAGUUCUCCACCAAUUUUCCACCGUUCUACUAAACUACCGAGGAAGUGGUUCUCUUAUACCAGAAAUAUUUGUUGAGAAAAACCUUUAGAAUAAUAGAGUGUGACCUAUAUGAAAUAGAUUAUAUAUAUAUAUAAAUAUAUAUAGAUAGUAUAUACACAAUCCGCCAAACAUAAGUGCCAUCUGUAUUAAGUUCCUCUAUCAAGAUCAUUUUUAGUUCAUCAAAAAAUAAUAAAACAGUGUUUGUGCAGACGUACGACUUAAAAAAAAAAAAACUAUGAUUGUCAAACUAAAAGCUGCUCAUGAGAACGUUAGACUAAAGAAAACACUUCAACUCUGCAGUCACUCAGAUCAGAAACAAUGCUGUUUAUAAGCAUUUUAACUACAUAUACUAAGAUGAAAAACCAUCAUCAGGCUGGAGCUUUUCACCAGCUGUGUUUCGACAAAUUUCCAUUACUCACAGAUGUAGAACUCCCAUGUAACUGUAUAGAUCUUUCUGGUGUGGUCCAUAUUUUGACUCAUGUUUGUGGAAAUUGGUUGUAGAAGGCCACUUUCUCUCUGUACAUAGUCUCAGUGAUCGUUUCAUGGAUGUUUUUUCCGUUCUCAAAGUAUGCUAAAUAUGGAUGUGCAUGAUGUCUCAGCUACAUAUAUCAGAUCGUUCUUAUUACAUCAUUUAUAUUUUGUAAUCUGUAUUUCUGUACGUGUUUUUAAAAUAUAUACAUUUAAACUGC